AUGGAAAGCGACGGUGGAAAGGAGUCGGAGCCCGAGUUGAAGGGAGGUGGUGGAGGAGAGGGAGAGACGGAGGAGGGCUCUGCCCGGACCCACCUCGACCUGACGAGCUUCCAGCUCCAUGAUCUCGGAGGAGUUGAUAUCCCCGAAACACUGGUGGAGUUGGAUCUGACGGCAAACAGGCUCACCACGCUGGAUGUGCGAAUCAACCUCCUUUCUUGUCUCAACAAGCUGUCGCUACGGCAGAAUCUAUUUGAUGACGACGGCAUCGCCCCCAUUUCACAGUGGACGGCGAUUUCUGGAUUACAGGUAUUGUGACUGCAACGACACUAUGAUUUCCUGGAUGCCAAGGUGUGAAGUUGUUGUGAUGAGUGUCAGGAUAUUUGAAAAAAAAUAUUUGGUAUCUGAAAGUCCACGGGAAUUUUUUUCCUUAGCCAGUUAAUGCAAAUAGGAGGUCGUUUUUGAUAUUUUUCGUUUUUACUUAUUUGAUCAGCUUGUGAGUAUCAAGCGGGUGGAAUCGGUUGAGCCCUUCCAUUUUUCUUUCUUGUUAGACAGUUGAGAUUGGAAGUUUGGAAUUGACAUCGUAGUUUCUGUAGCGAGCGUUGCCUGAAGUUUGGUGUAUGGAAUACAUUUAGGAACAUGCUGACAUAAGGAUCUUGGGCCGUGGGAAUACAGAAUACCUUAUUCAUAUGUCUGAAGUGUCUAUCCAAGAUCUAUCUAUAGCAAAGAAAUGGAAACAUUGGGGACUGUAGGUAGGUUUUCCAGAAAAUCAUCAUCGGGCUGUUUUUUUUUUUCAGGUAAUGAAGUUUGACGAUCAAUAUGAAUACCAAGGGAACUUACUUUAUGAAAAGGGAUGGCGUUAUUAUUGGAGCGAAAAUCACGCUCUAGCUUUCAAACAAUGUCACAAGAUUAGGGUCCUAUCCAUUUUUUUAUGAUUAAAAACCUUUUCAGAUUUCCUCGAAAUUUUUUAUUUCAAAUUUCCCUGAAGAAGUGAGCAAAUGUGUGGCUAAUUCAGAUUGAGUGAAAUCCAAGUCUGUUGAGCCCUUGCUCAUUGAGUGCUUCUCCAAUAUCUCGCUGAUCCUUGUCCUAAUUACCAUACCAAUCGUAGAACCUGCUUUUCAUGGAAGAAAAAUAUAUUGUGUAUAGUUCUCGCUAUUUGUAGAGCUGGACUUCUCGAGCUUAUUUUUAAGGCUCCCAAUUGUUGGUUUUUCAAGCUCUCUCUCUCUCUCUCUCUCUCUCUCUCUCUCUCUCUCUCUCUGAAUCCUUACACGGAUUCACUGACUCUCACUCUAUUCUCUUCUUUAUUUUUCCAUCUUCUUUCAAUCCAUCGCUUCGUGUACAUCCUGGGCAAAGACCUAAAAGUGCGGUUUUCAGCAUAAUCCUGUUCCUCCGGGUGGUAGAAUGGGACUCGCAUAUGAUGUAUGUGUUUAUGGAUUUCCAAGGGACUAUAUCUUGCCGAUUGCUGAUUUAUGUAUUUAUUUUAUUACAAUGUUAAGAUUCUCUACAUACUUUAGCCAAUAGAGAUGGGAGCUCACCAAAUUUAGUCACAGGCCCUUGUAUUUUCUUGUCCAAAAUGACAUGUAAAUAAGAAAGCUCAUCUCUUGAAUACAUGGGCCUAUUUCUAUUUUUCUAUUUUUCUAUUUUUCUAUUUUUAUUUUAUUUUAUUUUCUUUUCUUUCUUGCAUAUGUGCUUAGCUGGGAAUGUUAUUGCCUGCAGGAGCUGGUAAUCAGGGACAAUAGGCUCAGAAGAAUACCUGAUGUCAGAAUUUACAAAAGCCUGGUGGUGUUUGACGUAUCUUUCAACGAAAUAACUUCCAUGAAUGGGUUGGCUGAUGUCUCGAAUUUGCUGGAAGAGUUGUAUGUCUCGAAGAACGAGGUUACCAAGAUGGAGGAACUCUCGCACUUUCAUCAUCUGAGGAUUCUGGAACUCGGUUCAAAUAGAUUGCGAGUCAGUUCUUUUUCUCUCUCUCUCCCUGCUUACUUUGAUUUUCCGUUGCUCAGAAGAAAGUCAAAUAAACUUCUGGCUCUAGAGUGGACCAGGCCUAGCUACCAUGUUCUAUACAUCACGGGAGAAAUUUGGUCUGUUAAUUUUCUCAGAGCAGGGUUGUUAAUCACCUUGAUUGAUUGGCGUUGAACUUACCUGGUCUUCUCAUGAAAAAUUUGACUAUGAUCCAAGCAUUCACUCUCAAUUGGACAUCAUUGCGAUCAUGCUUCCCAUUUCAUCCGAUCCUAUGUUUUCUCCACCAUGCUUAUUGGUUCAGAUUUCAGCUAUGAACACGAACACAAGGGUGUAAAUUGCGUUGACUUCAUCAUGACGUGGCAGUCGGGUUGCAAUCGCAGGUCAUGGAGAACCUGGAGAACUUGACAAACUUGGAGGAGCUGUGGCUUGGUCGAAACCGCAUCAAGGCAGUAAACCUCUGCGGGCUGAAGCGCAUCAGGAGAAUCAGCCUUCAGAGCAACCGCCUGACAUCCAUGGCGGGAUUUCAGGUUCAAAUCCAUGAACUAUCCACUCCCCAUUAGGAUCUUAAAGUUCCCAAUAUGGAAAGGGUUUGGACCCCCUGCGUCUUGCUCUCAGGACUGCGUCGCCCUGGAAGAACUGUACCUGAGCCAUAAUGGCAUCACCAGAAUGGAGGGCCUGUCCUCCUUGGAGAAUCUACGUGUCUUGGACAUCUCCAACAACAAACUCACCUUGGUCGAAGGCAUCAGCGAUCUGACGAGGUAAAAAAAAAAAUAAAUGAAAAAGAAAAAAAAACAACGCCUCUGAGAUUUCUUGAGGGUUUUGUCUGUGAUUGUUGAACAGGUUAGAGGAUCUUUGGCUCAAUGACAACCAGAUACCUUCCCUGGAGGGCUUAGAUGCUGCUGUCUCUGGGUCCAGAGAAAAGCUGACGACUUUAUAUCUCGAGAACAACCCAUGUGUACGAAUCUCUCUCCUUCCCUUCUCUUCCCCCCUCGUGCAACUUGCUUUCAUUUUAGGGUUCUUUCUUUCUUUUCCACUUAUAGGAAGAUCAUUUGUGGCUGGUUAUCUAACGAUUCAAAGGCUCGAUCUAUAUCUUACCUGCCUUACAUCGGAUAAUUUUGAUCUAACCCGCCGAUUCUUUUCCACCUUUGGGAUGGGCGUUGACUUACGGAGGGCUUUUUCCUCCAACUGAUGACUCGCGCAGGCUGGAUUGCCAGAUUAUUUGACGGCUCUCCGCGGAAUCUUCCCAAACAUUCAGCAGAUUGACGCCAACGUGUUUGAGUGA